UUCAAAUCCGAGGUUCGGCCAAUUCAACUGCCUCAAACAACAACUUUUUAUGAUAUUGGCCAGCGUCACCAUGGGCUGGUUGUGGAAAACCCCUUCCAAGGAGGGCGAGUCUCAAACCCCGCCUCCUGCUUCAUCUGGUCUACCUGAUUCCGGUCUACCAUCUGCACAGACGGCACAUGCAUCUACGCCGUCCUCAUCAGCACAAGCGGAUCAACCCCCAACAUUAACUCGCGAAGAGCAAGCCGACGCCGAAUGGAAGAAGUUAAUCGCUAGUCUCGAGGGCGAUAUUAGCCAGAAAUCACACGAUCAACAGCGAUCGACUCCCGAAACACCGUUUCUCGAUACAACAUCAUCAUCCUCUAAUCCUCAUUCUCCCCCGAACUCGAUCGCCCCCGAUUCUCUCUAUCCCGAUACCAUGUCUUGCCGCUCGGCAUUCGACUACGCCUUUUUCUGUCAGUCUUUCGGUGGCCAGUUUGUCAACGUUUACCGAUACGGCGAGCUGCGGUCUUGCAGCGAGCAUUGGAGUAAUUUCUGGCUGUGCAUGAAGACGCGCACCUGGGGUGACGAACGGCGCAAGGAGGCGAUUCGGGAUCAUUACCGGAAGAAGGCUAUCAAGUACAAGACAGGGCCCAGCAGUGAGGAUGUCUGGGAUGUGCGCACGGAAUCUAUCGGCGAGUGCUUCAAUGGCGACUUCGCCGCGCUCGAGAGGGAGGUGAAGGCUGCCGAGGAGGCCGCAGCAGCGGCAGCGGCCAGCCAGAAAGCGGCCGCGGCAUCCGCAACAGCAGAGGCGUCGUCAGCAUCGUCAUGAAAGAAACAUUCUAGUCGGUGAAAGCCCUCUCUCCUCUAGCCCAUUCUUCUUUGCCCGUGUAAAAAUUUCCUGUCCAUUUCCAUGAACGUGCAUGUUAGACUCGGUUGAUCUUCAUGUUAGUUUCGAAUACGAUACCUGUCCCUGGGGGAUAUUGUACGAUAGCCAUAUUCAGAUUAAUCAAAAGGAUGAUAAUGAUUUGGCUAGACGAUUGGAGGUGUUUUUCUUGGUCUCUUUGAAUACUGGAGUGUAGAUCAAAGAAGACCGCCAUUGUUUUCGAAAUCGC